CCUUUGCUCAAGAUGCUUCCAUAGCAAUCCACUCAUCUUGUUUUCAACAUGAAAGCAACAUAAUCAAUAACGCUCACUGUAUUGUGCUACAUGGAUGGACAAAGUAUAACUGGAUUUUUACCAACCAACUGGAAACAGAUAAAUAUGGGAAAUAUGCACCACAGAGUAAAUAUGGUUCUGGUUACAUAUUUGUUGAUUGCAAUCUCUGAACAUCCAACUUCUUCAUCAGAUCUCUAUGAUCUCCAUCCUUUGGAAAAAUCCUCAAACACCCAGCAAAAGGACGGAAAUGAAAUAGUGGGGUCUGUGAAUGACAAUGAUCAUUUACAUGGCAGAAACAUUGUGAAAUUUCCUGGAAAACAUUUGCUUGAAGCUGACGAACAAGAAGGAAACAACAGUAGCACUGAAGUCACCUCCACCUGGCCCUCUGUGCUGGGAGCUUUGACAGCAGUGCUUUGUGUCGGUCUCCUGAGUGCAGUGGCUGUGAAGUACCGUCUCUUCCGGUGCUGUCUGGCCAGAAACAGUCAUGCUUUACUGCUGGAGGGAGGAAUGCCAGUGCGUGGCAUGAGGGGAAGAAUAAUGGAUGCUAGUGGCGACAGUUCAGAUGAUGAUGAUGGCUUUAUUGAGGACAACUACAUCCAGGCAAAUGAGAGAGAGAAACCUGAGCAAGAGGAAAACCAUCAGGAAGAUAUCCAGGACAGUAAUGAUGAGUUGGUCAUGCCAGACAUUAUAUAAGGUGUCUACGUCCACGUUAUAAUCCUUUAUAAUCAUACAACCAAGAGCAUUUUCUUUGGCUCUUGAAUGAGAGUAGGCUCAUAAUACUGGAGUCCACAAAAAGACCAAAGGCCAUCCUGCUAAUAUAUUAGUCUUUGAUCGUACGGUGGAAGGAUCUGUUUACAGGAAAUCAAGUUUUUUUUUAUUUUAUACAACUAUUAUAUUCUAAAGGCACACCUAUGCAAAAUAGGCACACUGUUCAGGUGUCAUAAUGAAAAAAAAAACUUAAAUAAAUGUAUUUUAAAUAAUGCUGUGACUGAAAUGUUUUGUAAAAUAUGAUUAUAAUAUAAUUAUCUUAAUAAGCGAUGAGGAUUAUUAAUUAAAAACCAACAUGUUUGUAUCACAAUGUACAAGUUACUGUACAUCACCAUAAGUGCUAUUUUUAUAUAUAAGUAUAGUUCUAUCGGGAAGACACGCAGGCUUGAGUGAAGUUUGAGAUGCCAUUUAUUUGAUAGAUGUAAAACGGGAGGUGAUGUCUCUCUCUUUGGCGUAGGCCCCGUCCGGCAGUCCGAGGGAGUUGUACUCGGAACCGUCAUAUCCUGCCGGAGAUAGGAGCCAGGGGCGAGGAGCCUACCCCCCUGCGGGACAGGGCUCAACUGGUGGUGGUGGGGAGGUGGAGGUUGCAGUGUUAGCACACCGAAACAGCAAUGUGAUAGAUUGUGAGCAGACUUAUAAAGCAAUGGCUUACGUGCGAUUGGCUAGCAGUUAUCUAGCUAAUGAUGUGAUGAUGUACACCUGCUGGUCUUCCCGCUAGAACUACGCUGCACUUCCAUUUAUAAAACUAUUAUUAUUGACAGCUAUUAGCUAAAAUGUUCUAUGAGAAUUAUGACAAUUAAAAGAUGUUCACACUAUAUAGCUACAAUAUAUUGCUACACAAAUUGCUUUAUUGCUAUACACUAUAAACAAGUACACUUAAUUUGUGCAACAAAGUUUUUAACCUGUUUCAUACUUUCAAAAUUGUUUAACUAAUGAGAUGUGGUUGGAUAAGAUAAUCUGGAACAACAGACUGUACAGUAUAAGUAGAAAGUGACAAUAACUGAAUGUAGUGUAUAUACUGUUAAUAAAGUAAACUGUUAAUCGAUGGAUAAAUGAAUGUAGGGAAUAAACAGAAAGUAUGUGAGGACUCACAAAAAAGGAAAGCGAGAAACAAGCUUGGAGUGACUUGGAUGGAGAAAAUACAUGCAUCCUCAUCUGUUAGUUCUUUGAUUAAAAGUGUCUGCUGUCAUUCUGUCAUUAUUUACUCACCUCAUCGUUUCAACCCCAUUUGACUUUCUUUCUUCAGUGGAGCAAAUAGGAGAUGGUAGGUAGAAUGUUAGUGACUGGAAGCCUCGGUCACUCACUAUUCAUUUUAAUUGUAUACAAAAAGAUGUACUGAAAAGAAAUAUUACUGAGGCUAUCAGUCCUUAACAUUCUGCAUAAAAUCUCCUUUUGUGUUCCACCGAAGAAAUAAAAUCAUACAGGUUUUUAAUUUUAUUUACAUUUUUGGGUAAGCUAUUUUAGUAAGCCUUUUUAUUCUAUAAUUUGUAUUGUUUAUGUGUGUAUUUAUUUAAUGUUUAUCAUCUGUAAUUUGAAAAUGCUUUCUUUUAAAUACUGUAUGUAUACUUGAACAGACUUGAACAACAAGAACACUUUUGUAAUAGUUGCAAUUAUCAGGUCUGCAGUUGUUGUUCAAUUGUCUUAUUUACCUUAUUAGCAGAGAAACUCCUUUUCUUUUUCCACUGUAGGAUGCUUUACUUCAUAUAAAUAGUUCAAGUCAGCAUAAUAUACAAUG